AGUUCAGGAAAUGCUCAGCUGGAGAAGCCUUCAGUUCCUGACAACCCAAACAGCUGUACAGGGUUUCCUGCCUGCCUUUACAGGUUCUUGACUCUCAGGCAAUGUCUUGGAAGGAGAGUGAUGUGGCACCACUUCGGGGCUGCAUCUAUGGCCUGGAUCACCUGGUGAUGACUGUGGAAAACAUUGAGGACACAGCAGCCUUCUACUCCCAGGUUCUUGGCAUGGAAGUCAUAACAUUUAAGGGAAACCGCAAAGCCUUGCAUUUUGGGAACCAGAAAUUCAACCUUCAUGAAGCAGGGAAGGAGUUCGAGCCCAAGGCCCACCACCCAGUUCCAGGUUCCCUGGACAUCUGCCUUAUAACGGAGAUACCUCUGGAGCAGCUGAUGGGGCACUUGAAGGCCUGUGGGGUGAAAAUUGAAGAAGGCCCAGUAGUCAGAACUGGCGCAGUUGGUCCAAUCACAUCUGUCUACUUCCGAGACCCAGACCGUAACCUGAUUGAGGUCAGCAACUACAGCAAUGUUAGAAGAGAGUAACUGUCCUCGUGUGGAUUUUUCAGCAAUGAAAGGUUCAGCACCCUGAUGUCUCUGUAUCCAAAAUUCUGACCUCUGGGGGAAAAGAUCAAAAGGCAGUCACUUUUCAGAAGACUGGGGUGGCUUGCCGUACACAGGUGCUCAUAUGCGUGCAGCGGGUCCAUCAAGGGUGGGUUGCCUUUAUUUCUUUCAUGUGUGCAUUUAGGGGGUGCAACAAGAUGUGAAGUUAGAGAGACCUGUCACUGCAAAAUGUGCUAUACAUGCCCCCCCCCCCCUUACAUAGAAUUAUAGAAGCUUUCAUAGACACAGACUAAUUGUUUUGGCCCUGCUUGAAAAUUCAGGAAAGGAGACAGCAGACCUUGGAUUCACCACUAGAUGGCAGCCUUGCUUUCUUAAAGAGGGACAAGCUCUCCAAAGCCUUUACUAAGGGUCUUUCCACACAGCUCCCCUCUGAAACUACCAGGUCUCUGCUGUGGAAGGAAAUGAAGCCUGCAAGGGGUAGUCUCCAGCCUAUGGCAGUUUUCUAGUGCUUCCCAGUGGACAAGGAAAGCCAGGUCUUAUACAAUACUGUCUGGCACAGACACAUGUUCCACAGCUAUCAUAUGACCGAUGCUCAUGAGAAUAAGCAAGAAAUUGCUUUCUUCUGCAGCAGACCUCUGGUCUGUCAUGUCUACUUUGACCAGCAGUGGCUCUCAGCACCUCAGCCAGAGAAAGGUCUUUCCCAGCACCUGCUCCUUUAACCAGAAAUGGCAGAAAACAGCCCCAGCAUCAUCCACAUGCAAGUUGGCUGCUCUUCUCCUGAAUUAUGAGCAGUCCCCCACAUGUACAUGCAGCUGAUCCUUCCUGCCCCUACCCUUAUGAAAUAUAGACUUGGGACAGGGACUUGCCAUUUUGCUUCUGAUGUUUUGCAAUGUGCAGUGCUCACUAAUAAUGUUGUAAUAAAUGGUGAUAAUGUAUAAAAAUAUAGUGCUUGUUCCAUCUGGUGUGCAGAAGACAUCAACCUGUUUAUUUAUGGCUUUGGACCAUUUCCUGUCUUACAAGCAAGAAAAAUUGCUUUUGGUGUUGAAAUGAGUACAAUGGCCUCUAAGGGUGGAUAAAUUUUGUGCAUCUUACUGUUCUGAUCUUGUGCAAAAAACUUCUUCUUUCAGAAACUGCAAGUGUGGGUAUUUAAUUAAAAAUAAAAUCUGAAUUUAUCUUCUGUAAUGACAUUACUGUCACCUUUAUGUGUUGGAUUGAGUUAAAUGUCAGUAAUAAACAGAUACACAUUGUGCCACUGGA